CGGGAGUGGGGAGUGAGGCUUGAAAACUUUUUUAAUUUUUUUUUUUUCUAAUUUAUGUCUUUUUACACAUGACAAUUAGAAAUUAGUCCGUGAUAAUUAUUUUCCUGCUUAAGAUUGAGUUUAUCCCAAAAUAAGAUAAAAAUACCACUUCACAAUUAUUCAAUGUGAUAAUAGGAUAUUCUUAAAAUUUAAGCGUCUUUUUGUUAGUUGGGUACAACUUUGAAAAUGUACAUUACCAGCUAAAUUACUUUUUUUUUUUUUUUAAAUUAAAAAACUUAAACAAAAGGGCAAAGGAGAACGCGUUCAACAAAAUUGGAGGUGGAUCUGUUUUUCCUUCUCCCUUCACAACUCUGUCGCCGCCAACAUAGUAUUAUUCCCAAGUAGAUUUUUCUCUAUAAUAUUCAUCUUCGCCUUUCCACUCAUCCUAGUUUCCAUAGAAAUUACCUUAUCAACCAUGUUGUUAUCGCCGGGCCACUCCCCCCGCCACCUCUCAUCGCCGUCAUCUUCCCCAUCAUUACCCGACCAAAACCCUAAUUCAACCACCACUAACCGUUCUUCUUCCUCGACAGUACCAACCAAUAAACGCCGAUCCAAAGUACUCGACGAGGACACCUAUGUAGCCGCCAUAGAGAAAAUAAUCGAACGCGAUUUCUUCCCUGACAUCCCUAAACUUCGCGAUCGUCUUGAUUGGCUUGAAGCGAUUCGAACAGGCGAUCCUGUUCAAAUUCGAGAUGCUCAGUUGAAAAUCAUCGAACGAAGAGGAGGUAGAGCUCUUGGAUUAAACACUGAAGUUAAAUUACGAACCCCUGGUUCCACUUUUUUUCGAAAUUCUGUUACUCCUUUUGAUGAUCCAUACAAAACCCCUACUGAUAGUGUAGUUAAUGGUAAUGAUUUGGGGGAUAGUGGUGAGGGGAGUGGGGGUGAGGUGGAUGAGAAUUUGAGUUUAGAUGAGUUUUUUAGGAGGUAUACGAGUGAAGAUAAUGAGAGCUUUUCGAAGAUUAUUGAGAAAGUGAAUAGGAAAAGGAAGGAGAAAUAUGGGUAUUUAUUGGAAGGUGAAAAGGAGGUGAAGUUGAUUGGGGAUGGUACUAAGAGGGCGCGGGUUGAUACUGAUGGAUAUGGGACAUCAGAUCAGCCGGUUGCGACAUUGGAAGGGUGGAAAUAUGUUGCUAAGAAUUUACUGAUGUAUCAUCCAGCGGAUAAUGGGGAAGUAGCGUUGACUGAGGAGGAAAGAGCUGAGAGGCUUAAGGGAUUGACGAAGGAGGUUAGUAAGGUGAAUACGAGGUUUCAUGGUAAAAUGAUGGAGUCGCAGCCCAAAGAGGAUGAGACAGUGGCUGUGCUUUAUACACCUGUUCCUGGGGCAACUCCAGUUCCGUUUCUUGAUAGAGGCGAUAAGACUAAGAAGUAUGACUUGGAUGAUCUGAGGAAGACCCCGAAUCAGUUCUUUGUUGAGUCGGGGAAGAAGGCUGAGAAUGGGUAUAGUUUUGUUAGUACUCCUUCACCAGCGCCUGGUGUGGAUGAAUCACCAUUUAUAACGUGGGGAGAAAUUGAAGGAACACCUCUGCGGCUGGAGCAGGAGGAUACACCUAUUGAUAUUCGUGGAAGUGGUGAAGGCCCUCAGUAUAAGAUCCCAAUGCCACCCUCUAGAGAUGUCAAGGCUCAUUCUUUAUCUCGUGAAGCUGCUCGUAAGUUGAGGGAGAGGUCAAAGAUGUUUCAGAAACCACCAUUACCUUCACCAGUUAGAGGAGGGAGUGCUAGUCCAGCUGCACGCACUCUUUCACCUGCUGCACAGAAGUUUAUGCGGAAGGCAAUUGCCAAGUCUUCUCACUCUUUAGAUGAAUCUCUCCGAGCAAGUUACCGUGGUUCAAGUCCUGGACUGAGUACUCCUAAAACUGGCAGAAGUUUGUCAAGGUUAGGAAGAGAAGGUAGUCUAGAUUCCAGGUCACCUUCUGUAAGAGAAGGCUCAAAUCCUCCAUGGUAAUUGUCUUAGAGCAAUGUAAUUGGUAAUUACCUGUUCCUUAUCAAAAAAGAAAAAAGAAGAAACUGGUAUUACCUGUUAACUGUACUAAAUCUUUGUCUCUUUUACUCAAGUUUUACGAAAUGUUGUCUUUGCCUCAGUUGAUGUCUGUAAAUGUGGAAAUCUUGAAUUUGCUAUUUAUGAUUAUGCAUCAUCCUUUUUUCUUG